AUGGCUGCCCCGUGCGACACUUUGAGCGGAUACUUGCAGCAGCAACAGUCGGACCAGGGUUCUAACAGUGAGCGCAGCACAGACUCGCCUUUGCCGGGCUCUGAGGAGGACCUAAGCGGACCCCACCAGCUGCCCGACCCGGAGUGGACCGAGGAGCGGUUCCGUGUGGACCGAAAGAAGCUGGAAUUCAUGUUACUAGCCGCUUCAGAAGGGAGAGUGAACGGUGGGGAGGAUUUCUUUCAAAAGAUAAUGGAUGAAACGCAAACACAGAUAGCCUGGCCUUCCAAACUCAAGAUUGGUGCAAAAUCAAAAAAAGAUCCACACAUCAAGGUGUGCGGCAAGAGGGAACACGUGAGGAACGCCAAAGAGAGAAUUAUGUCAGUGCUCGAUACAAAGAGUAACAGGGUAACGCUGAAAAUGGAUGUCUCGCACACGGAGCACUCCCACGUGAUCGGCAAAGGCGGCAACAAUAUCAAGCGGGUGAUGGAGGAGACGGGCUGCCACAUCCAUUUCCCCGAUUCCAAUAGGAACAACCAAGCGGAGAAAAGCAACCAGGUGUCUAUUGCGGGACAGCCAGGAGGGGUGGAGGCGGCCCGAGUUAAAAUCAGGGAGCUGCUCCCUCUUGUACUUUCUUUCGAACUCCCAGCUAUCAUGCAGUCGGAUCCCAGCUCGCCGAGCGUGCAGGCCAUCUCACAGACGUACAACCUGGCCGUGUCGUUCAAACCCCCGACGCGGCUGUACAGGGCCACUGGUGUGGUGCGUGGCUCCCAAAACAAUGCCAACGCUGUAAAGCGUGGGACAGCUCUGCUACUGGAGCACUUGGCAGGCAGCCUGGUGAGCACCAUCUCAGUCACCACCCACCUGGACAUCGCCCCCCAGCACCACCUCUUCAUGAAAGGCCGCAACGGCAGCAAUAUCAAGCACAUCAUCCAAAGAACUGGCGCCCAGAUCCACUUCCCUGACCCCAAUAGCCCCCAGAAGAAGUCCACCGUCUACAUCCAGGGCACCAUCGAGUCGGUGUGCCUCGCCCGGCAGUACCUCAUGGGCUGCCUGCCGCUGGUGCUCAUGUUCGACAUUAAAGAGGAUGUGGAGGUGGAACCUCAGUGUAUCACGGCCCUGAUGGAGCAGCUGGAUGUCUUCAUUAGUAUCAAACCCAAACCUAAACAGCCCAGCAAGUCUGUCAUAGUGAAGAGUGUGGAGAGGAAUGCCGUGAAUAUGUAUGAAGCCCGGAAGUUCCUCUUGGGUCUGGAAAGCAACGGCGUGUCUUGCUGCUCACCCCCUGUGGCCUUGAACCCGGCCCCUAACGGGCCCUCACCAUCCCUCAUCUGCCCCGUUGGCCUGGAUAUUUUGGCCUCAGCUGGUCUGGGGCUCAGCAACCUGGGCUUCCUGGGUGCGACGGCGUCUCACUCCCUGGCCAACUCGGCCGGCCCCAAUGCUAUCCUGAACAACUUAAACUCCACCAUCAGCCCCCUACAAGCCCCUAGCACACCCACGUCCUCUCUCUGGCCUAGCUCUCUCACCAGCACCCAAGCCUUCUCAUCCCAGCUAAUGCUACACCCAGCCACCCACGCCACACUCAGCAGCAUCCUUCUAUCAGGCGUGCAGGGUUACACGCAGAACACACCCUCCCCUCCACCGGGCCUGGCGCCCAUCGACAAGCAGUCCAACGGCGUCUCCGACUGCGCCAAGGCAGCCUGCGCACUCAAUGGCCACGUUAAGCAUUCGGGUUCAGUCUACUCGAGGAUAGCCACCGCGUCACUUGCUGAAACAGUAAUGAGUCCAGCGGCGUGCGACUCGGUCCAAGAGGCCAGCGGACACAAUCCGUCAGAGCCCCUGUCGACCAAGUCCAGCACCGAUGAAGGCCCGGACACAUUUGUUGAGGUGGGCAUGCCAAGGAGCCCCUCGCACUCAGCCAGCGGCAGCGAGCUGAAGCAGAUGCUGGCCUCAUGCAAGACAUCGUCGGGAAAACGGCAAGCUGUAGAGCUCCUUCAGGGCACCAAGAACUCCCACUUACAUUCCGAUUGUCUCCUGCCGGACGCCGAGUCCACUUCGGCAGACAGCCCUGUAGCCGACAAAAGGGCGCCGGGCAGCGAGCGGGCGGCCGAGAGGGCGGCGCAGCAGAACGAGAGGGAACGCAUCAGAUUGGCCCCACAGACCUCCUUUGCCAACAUGCAGGCAUUUGACUAUGAACAGAAAAAGCUGCUGGCAACCAAAGCUAUGCUGAAGAAGCCUGUGGUGACGGAGGUGCGGACACCGACGAACACCUGGAGCGGCCUUGGCUUCUCCAAAUCCAUGCCGGCCGAAACUAUCAAGGAGUUGCGAAGAGCCAAUCAUGUGCCCUACAAGCCUAGCAUGAGUACCACGUAUGAGGGAUCCCCACUGUCCCUGUCCCGCGCCGGCAGCCGUGAGGGCGUGACCAACGGCAGCGACUCUGACAACUGGCGGGAGAGGAACGGCACAUCCAACGGGCUGCAGGCGCACGCGGAGUACCCCCCUGCUGUGAGCAGCCCCAAGAGGAAGCAGAACAAAUCUGCCGCUGAACAUUACCUGAGCAGCAGCAACUACAUGGACUGCAUCUCGUCGAUGACUGGCAGCAACGGCUGCAGCCUCAACUCCUCCCUCAAAGGUUCAGACCUGCCUGAGCUCUUCAGUAAACUGGGCCUGGGGAAGUACACUGAUGUCUUCCAACAGCAGGAGAUCGACCUCCAGACAUUCCUGACUCUGACUGACCAGGACCUGAAGGAAUUAGGCAUCACCACAUUUGGCGCCCGCAGGAAAAUGCUACUAGCCAUCUCAGAACUUAACAAGAACCGGCGGAAGCUAUUCGAGCCCCCUAUCCGCUCAUCCUUCCUGGAAGGGGGAGCAAGCGGUCGCCUCUCCCGUCAGUUCCACGCCGAUAUUGCCAGCGUCAGCGGGCGGUGGUAG